GCUGCAGAUUUUUAACAUGACCACCAGGGAACAGUGUUUCAACGGCUGAUGAGAGCUUUAUUUUUUAAACGUCAACCGGAAGUGUGUUGUCACUGCGUCUAGCUUCGCAGUUAUUAUUUCACACUAGUUAGUUCUGUGUCAUGACUUUAGCUCCGAGUUGCGUUUUAAAACUCCAAAAUGCGGCGCUACAUUCGUGCACUAAUGCUGUGCACAGUGUUUGCCGUGUUUUCGGGUGUGUAUGUUUACAGUAAACUGUUUUACUCGGACUUGUCGCUCGGUGGAAACGGACCGAGAGGUUUCAUCCCACAGAGAGUCCCCGGAAUCAGGCGAGGAGCCGUGGACAAAACCGGGCCCCAAAGCCCACACUGGUACAAUAGGUACAUCAUGCGUCAGCGGGGUCAGGUGGAGGCAGGGGGGGGCAGCGUCCAGCCUGAAGCCCCCAUGCACCUGGCUGUGGUGGCCUGUGGGGAGAGGCUGGAGGAGACCCUCACCAUGAUCAAGUCCGCUGUGCUCUUCAGCAUCAAACACCUCCAGCUGCACAUCUUCGCUGAGGAUCAGCUGCACACCAGUUUCAUGGAAGCUCUGGGGUCAUGGCCAGGUUUCAUUCGCUCCAGGUUCAACUACACAGUGUACUCCAUCAGCUUCCCCAGUGAGAACGCAGCCGAGUGGAAGAAGCUCUUCAAACCCUGCGCUUCCCAGAGGCUCUUCUUACCUCUGAUCCUAAAGGACAUAGACUCCGUGGUGUACGUGGACUCGGACAUCCUCUUCCUGCAGCCCGUAGACCGCCUUUGGGCCUUCCUGACCCGCUUUAACUCCUCCCAGCUGGCUGCCAUGGCCCCUGAGCACGAGGAGCCCCGCAUCGCCUGGUACAACCGCUUCGCCCGCCACCCCUACUACGGCAAGACGGGCAUCAACUCAGGGGUCAUGCUCAUGAACAUGACCAGGAUGAGGAGCAUGUUCUUCAAGAAUGACAUGACGUCUGUGGGGCUGCGCUGGGAGGAGCUGCUGAUGCCUCUACUCCAGAAAUACAAACUCAACAUUACCUGGGGGGACCAGGACCUUCUCAAUAUCAUUUUCCACCACAACCCUGAGUGUUUGCUGGAGUUUCCCUGCAUGUGGAAUUACCGCCCAGAUCACUGUAUCUAUGGCAGUAACUGUGCGUCAGCUGAAGAGGAUGGUAUCAACAUACUGCACGGAAACAGAGGGGUGUACCACGACCACAAGCAACCUGCCUUCAGGGCCGUUUACGAAGCCAUACGAAAGUUCACUGGACAGAUCAUCUCAUCCACUUCUUGUUCAUCUGCAGCAGAUCCUCAGGCUAUCUGUGAAGUGUUGGGAGGGAAUAACAACAGACAGGACAGUACUACAUUGGCAGCUAAAAAAAAGCAUGAGAGCAAAAGAACGUGUGAUAGUGACAGCAAGUCAUUCAUGAAUUUAUUUUCCGUUCCUUUUCAUGUUUAUUAAAGUUGACGUCCUAUCUGAGUUAAAACGCUACAAGCUAGCUUUCUGUUCACCAAAAUCACAAAACCAGCCACUUGGAAUAUUAGUAAAAGUGUCCGACACAUCACUUCAAAUCAUAUAUAUGAAACUUAAAGGUAUAGUCAUGCCCCCACAAUAUAAAACUGAUGAAUGUCAUAGAUGUUGUGUAAACUGAUGAAUUUUGUUUGUCCAUUUGUCCAAAACCUGAACACAUUCUUGUUACAAUAAUGCAAAUUGGAGAAAAAAAACGCAAAUAGAAAAACGUAAAAGGCGGGGACAAGCCGACUUAUGGCAUAUUUGCCUAAAAUAUGUUUAAUUAUUACGUUUUUAUCAGAAAAGUUGUUUAUGUUUAGCACUUUCCCCCUAUAAGGUCAUUAUUCCACCUCUUAAGUUGAGUUGUUUAUAUAUUAGCUGAGACAAGUCCUAAAUCAGUGUCCAUUCUCUUGUUUCUUCAAACAAAGAGAUGGGGAUAUAAGCAGCUCCUCCCUGUCUGUCUGCCUGUCUGUCUCACACAGACCUCAGCGGGCCGUCCCUCAUAAACCCUCCUCCCUUCCCUCGAUGGAAAAAAGCUGAGCCCAGGAAACCGCAGUUAAUUUUUACAGCCGAUGGUGCGUUUAGAGUCUGAGGCUGCACACCGACAGCGCCCCAUCAGCCGCACAAAAUCAAUACAGCAACUGUAAAUGCAACUUUAUGACCAGCCCGUGUGUGUGUGUGUGUGUGUGUGUGUGUGUGUGUGUGCGAAAGUAUCUGCUCAUAAAAACACAAUUUUCUUUGUGACCCAAUAUCAGAGAGCUAACCACAAGCAAAUGAGCCGGCAUAAAGAAUGGUAAUUCCCCUUUGAUUUCCUCGGAGCGCUGUAAAGGCUCCUUCAUUAUCGAGAAGACGUGAACCCCCUCCUGUAAUCCCCGGGUAUCACUGGACGCUAAGCCUAUAGCAUAAAAAGUGACUCCAACAGUCGGACGCUUUAUGUUCCCCCCCGGUCUGAGCGAUCAGUUUAAUCUGGAAUCUACUAUGAGAUCAGCAUGGCUUGCAGAUUUGUAAUCUAUCCACGGACAAGCACAAAUGCUGCCCAAAGCAACUCUGAUCAAUUCCUGGAGAACAAGAGGAGGUUGAGAGAAGUCCUCAGGGGAGAAAGGAUGAGGAAUCUUAAUUGGAAAAGUCUCCUUACCAUUUUAGGAUGAGAGCUACUUUCAAAAAAUCAAAC